AGUUGGCUAUUGCUGCUUAAUCCUCUGUGUUAUUCAGUUAAUCUAGCAGAGAGCUUGCCUAUAUAAUGCGGGGGUGACCACCAGACCAGCAGUCUUCGGUUCGCAUCGUUGUCUUAUCACCUUUUCUAGGUUAGCGGCGUGGCUGCCGAACGAAGGGAACUUGCCAUUGCCAAGCGCAUGGGAGUUGGGGUGGUGGUGACCGGCGAGGAAGUGGACGAGCGACGGGCGUGGUUCAUCCAGGUCCAAGCAGGCGCGGCACGCCCGGGAGGCAUGCACGGCGACAGAGGUCUCGUUGCUCCUUGGUGGGGUGAGGAGGAGCAGGAGGAGCGAGUAGCCGCCGUUGGGGGCGGCUUCGUCGGCCACUGCUACUCCGCGGCCCGCGCCGAGUACGACGCCGCCGCCGUGGCCGCGGCGCUCACGUACGUCGUCUGCGCCACCGAGCCGCCGCCGCCGACGACGCGCGGGGGCGGCGUGGCGGCCUCGGCACUGCCGCCGGCGCCGUGGCAAGGUAGACGACAUGGAGGCGGCGGAGCGCAGCAGCAUUACAGGGGCGUGAGGCGGCGGCCGUGGGGGAAGUGGGCGGCGGAGAUCCGCGACCCGGCGAAGGCGGCGCGGGUGUGGCUCGGCACGUACGCCACGCCCGAGGAGGCCGCGCGCGCCUACGACGCCGCCGCGCGCAGGUUCAAGGGCGCCAAGGCCAAGCUCAACUUCCCCGCAACGGCGGCGCCGUCGCAACGACCCCAGCAGCAGGCAACGGCCGCGCACCUCCCCAUCAUAUCGCCGUCGCCGCCGUCGUCUCCCACCUUCGCCGCCGCCGCGACGGUCGUGGAGUUCCCCGGCCUCUGGCAGUACGCGCACAUACUCCAGAGCAGCGACGCGGGCCACGUCCGGGCCGUCGCGUCCGGGCUGCCGCCGCCGCCGCCGGUGGGUAGCGGUCACGGCCGUGAUGGCAUUGGCGGCGGCAGCGUCGGCGACAGAAGGUGAGCAUGGGUCGCACGGUGUACGGUGCGCCGUGUGGUCGUGCGGUUGGACGAUCGGUCGAGCAGUUUGCUGUGUAGCGUGUGCCACAGCCACAGGGGUUGCGUGACGCCCGAUGAGAGCUUGCUCGUGCCCGUGGCAUCGCGUACAACGGUACAAUGUACGUGCACUGAGCACAUGUGGAACAGUGGAAGCUCGCGCACCGUGUCGUGUGCGGGGAUGUACGACGGUGAAGACGUGGUAGGGUUGAAUGAACAAGUGAUUAACACUGGUACACGGAGCCUGAGGCCGCCGGAGUUUCUUCCA